AUGGCCGAUGCUGGCGCUGCUGUUCUGCCCGUCGCGAACGUGAACAUCAACUACGAUGAAGAGUCUGGCAUGAUCGAAGACUUUCUUCUCAACUUUGUCCCUACACCCCGCAACCGUCGACACCAAGCCCCCAUUCCUGCAGACGAUGAUGCUGCUGCCGAAGAGACAUCUGAAGAUGAUGACGACUUGGCGAACGGAUUGGAGGGAUUAAAUGUUGGUGGUGCGAGGAGGCAAAAGCACAAGUACCAAAGGAUCAUGAGAGAGGUCGCGAACAGGCGCAGGACAGAUGUGGUCGUCAACCUCAAGGAUGUUGAUGAUUAUUUCCAAGACAAGGGUCUUCUCAGUAACAUCGAGAACAACACGCGCCGAUACAUUCAGCUCUUCGCCGACAUCAUCGACAAGAUUCUGCCUGAACCUGACCAGGAGGUCGACUUUACUGGAGAUGUUUUGGAUCUUAUCAUGCAGCAGAGGCGAGAGAUGAACGCGCAGAUCCAAGCUGGGGAGAGGCCCGGAGACACCAACAUGUUCCCCCCCGAGUUGAUGCGACGAUACAAUGUCUACUUCAAGCCCAAGAGACGCCAGAAUGAAGUGCUCGCGGUCCGAGCGGUCCGUGGUUCCCACUUGGGCAAACUCAUCACCGUCCGUGGUAUUGUCACCCGUGUCUCUGAAGUCAAGCCCCUUCUUGUUGUAAACGCCUACACUUGUGACAUGUGUGGAAACGAAAUCUUCCAAGAAGUCACCCAGAAACACUUUACUCCUCUGGUCGAGUGCCCCAGUGAAACCUGUAAAGUUAACCAAACCAAGGGUCAAUUGCACAUGCAAACCCGGGCGAGUCGAUUCAGGCCUUUCCAAGAGGUCAAGAUCCAGGAAAUGGCCGAUCAAGUUCCUGUCGGCCACAUUCCUCGUUCAAUGACCAUCCACCUCUAUGGCGCUCUCACUCGAACGGUCAACCCCGGUGAUGUUAUCAACACUGCCGGUAUCUUUAUCCCCACCCCUUACACCGGUAUGCGAGCUCUUCGUGCUGGUCUCUUGCAGGAUACAUUCCUCGAAGCCAUGUACGUUCACCAGCUCAAGAAACAGUACCACGCCAUGGAGGCUACGCCCGAGAUCGAACAGGCUAUCGCCGACCUGAAGGAGGACCCAACACUGUACGGCCGAUUGGCUAACUCUAUCGCCCCUGAAAUUUACGGUCACGAGGAUGUCAAGAAGGCUUUGCUGCUCUUGCUUGUUGGUGGUGUUACCAACAACAGAAAGGAUGGUAUGAAGAUCCGAGGUGAUAUCAACGUCUGUUUGAUGGGUGAUCCCGGUGUUGCCAAGUCUCAGCUUCUGAAAUACAUCACCAAGGUUGCUCCUCGAGGUGUCUACACCACUGGUCGAGGUUCCAGUGGUGUCGGUUUGACCGCCGCGGUCAUGAGGGACCCUGUCACCGAUGAGAUGGUUCUUGAGGGCGGUGCUCUUGUCCUUGCCGACAACGGUAUCUGCUGUAUUGAUGAAUUUGACAAGAUGGAAGAGUCCGAUCGAACGGCCAUCCACGAAGUCAUGGAGCAGCAAACCAUCUCCAUCUCCAAGGCUGGUAUCACCACAACUCUCAACGCCCGUACCUCCAUUCUCGCCGCGGCGAACCCUCUCUACGGUCGAUACAACCCCAAGAUUUCUCCCGUCGACAACAUCAACCUUCCCGCCGCUCUUCUGUCUCGUUUCGACGUCAUGUUCCUCAUCCUUGAUACCCCCACCCGGGAAGACGACGAGCGAUUGGCUCAGCACGUCUGCUACGUGCACAUGAACAACCAUCACCCCGAGCUCGACUUUGAGCCCGUCGAGCCGACAUUGAUGAGGCACUACAUUGCCGAGUGUCGAAAGAUUGAGCCUCGGGUCCCUCGAGAGCUGUCCGAGUACAUUGUCUCGAGCUAUGUCCGCAUGCGACAGCAGCAGCAGGAAGACGAGGCUGAGGAAAAGUCUCACUCUUACGUCUCUGCCCGUACGUUGCUUGCCGUCCUGCGUCUCUCCCAAGCGCUUGCUCGUCUGCGACACGACGACGUUGUUGGAAACGCCGAUGUUGACGAGGCCCUCCGUCUUAUGGAUGUCUCCAAGGCGAGUUUGCAAGAGCAAAGUCAGCAGAGGAAUGGUGAGGAUCAGACCAGCACGAGCAAGAUCUUCCGAAUCAUCAAGGACAUGGCGCAGAGGGCGGCGGAAGAUGAUGAGGAGAUGGGCGAGUUGAUGAUGAUGGACGUGAGAGGCAGGGUGAUUGCCAAGGGUUUCACCGAGAUGCAGAUGAUGGACACCAUCCUCGAGUACGAAAACAUGGACGUUUUGAUGCGUACUGCCAAUGGCAACAAGUUGCAGUUCGUCUCUGCUUGA